GUCAGAGUCUUUGAAUAACAGUGCCAAUCGAUGAAGGCCGAAUACGUCACAUUGGAUGAAAUCAGUACACUCGAAAGUAAAAUCAUCCAGCAGUGUCGUCAUACCGCAGCCGCGUCGUUCUUCAUACACCACUUCUUGUAGUACCGUCCGCGACAAGAGUGAAAUCCGGGUUGAGCGCCUGUCUGUGCUGCGGCCGUGGCUGUGGCUGUACGCGGUUGCGCCACCACUACGCUACGCCAGGAGGUGAGCCUGAGAUUCCAUCUUUGACUGAUUAAUGGCGAUUUACAAGGACCCGCUGUUCCCCACGCCAGAGGACCUGAACUCGGACCGAAGCGGAGUGCAGCUGCCGAAGAUCCACAAGAAGGGGCCGUUCCUGGACCACGAUGACCUGCUGCAGACGCACAUCGACCUCCUCUCGGAGGACUUCCUGCGCUCCCUCAGGGAGCAGCUGGACGACAUCCGCGCCAACCCGCGCAUCCUGGACAGCACGGCCUGCUACACCGUCAAGGCCGCGCGCGUCAUCAGCAAGGAGCGCAGCCGCUUCGAUCAGGAGGCGGGCGUGGAGAUGCGGUUCGACCCGACGCGCUACCAGCACGUCCGCUGGGAGGAGGACCAGCGCUUCCUGACGGGCAACAUCGUGCUGCUGACCCAGGACAAGAAGGCCCUCAACGACUUCGUGGUGGGCGUGGUGCACGAGAGCAGGCCCGCGCUGCUGCGCGACGGCCGCGUCGUGCUCAAGCUGGUGCGCGGCGUGACCGGCAAGGGGGACUUCCUGCUGCUCAACCAGGCCUCCUUCGUGGGCGAGACGUUCACGCUGUUCGAGUCGGCCCACUUCUACUUCCCCUACCUGCACGUGACCAACGCGCUGCGGCAGGACCUGAGCAACCCCAUGCGCACGCUGGCCGACUUCGAGGCCGAGAUCGUGCGCUGCAAGCUGCCCUCGCGGCCGCCCAAGUACCACUCCUACAUGAAGGCGCAGGCGGGUGUCCUGGGCGCCUCCAACGCCCCCGCCACGGACAACGCCGACGCCUUGCUGGAGCAGUUCAAGGACGAGCUCAACGAGUCGCAGAUGGCGGCGCUGGAGAAGGUGCUGUGCCAGAGGGUGGCGCUCGUGCAGGGGCCGCCCGGCACGGGGAAGACCUACCUGGGCUGCAAGAUAGCGCAGUACUUCGUGGAGCUGAAGAAGGACCGGCCCUACGUGUUCCCCGGCCCCAUCCUGGUGGUGACGACGACGAACCACGCCGUGCACGAGUUCCUCACGCGCUGCAUCUCGUUCACCGAGAAGAUCAUCCACGGCUACUCCGACAAGCACGAGCAGACGUCGUACGGCCCCCUGCAGGAGCGCUACGACCGCUGCCAGUCGCUCUCCGGACGAGUGUCCAUGAUGAAGACCGCCGACAUCCUGGCCAUGACCACCACGCGCGCCGCCUACAUGCGCUCGGCCCUGGACAAGCUCUCCGUCAAGAUUGUGAUCGUGGAGGAGGCGUGCGAGGCCCCGGAGGGCUACAUCCUGGCCUGCAUCCCCGACAAAGCUGAGCACCUCAUUCAGAUAGGAGACCACAAGCAGCUGCGGCCGAACUGCGCGCACCAGCUGCUGUCCGCGUCGCACCACCUGGACGUGUCGCUGUUCGAGAGGCUGGUCAACAACGGCGCGGACUGCCCCAUGCUCAACGAGCAGCGACGCAUGCGGCCGCAGAUCGCCGACCUGGUGCGCUGCAUCUACCCCAGCCUCACCGACCACGCCACCACCCUGGACAGGCCGGCCAUCAUCGGCGUGGACCUCGCCGUGCCCGUCUUCUUCUUGAGCAGGAGCGUGCUCGAGACCCAGGACGGCAAGGGCUAUUUCAACAGCACUGAGGCGGAACUGGCAGCUGAACUCGCCAACUACUUCCUCAUCAUGGGCUAUCCCCCCACCAGCGUCACCAUCCUGACCACCUACAGGAAGCAGAUGAGCCACAUUCUCAGACACGUUCGUCAAAUCGGAGGCGAUGCCCGGAGCAUCCGAGUGACGACGGUGGACAACUUCCAGGGCGAAGAGAACGACAUCAUCAUCUUGUCUCUGGUGCGGAGCAACAACGGAAGUGGCAUUGGCUUCUUGAAGCUGGAGAACCGAGCUUGCGUUGCGCUGAGCCGCGCCAGGGAUGGCUUCUUCCUCCUGGGCAACCUGGACUGCCUGGCCGGGUCCGGGGCGCCGGUGUGGAGGCACGUGCGCAGCGUGCUGAGCGAGGCGGGCCGCGUCGGGGACGUGCUGCCGCUGGUGUGUCCCCACGGCAAGAAGGUGGCCGCCAGGUGCCGCGCGGACGUGCAGCGUGCGGGCGUGGGCUGCGCCGUCUGCCAGGCGCACUCGGUGUUCGCGGCCGCGAUGCGGGAGCUGCGCCUCACGACGGACAAGAUGGCGGCCGUGAGCGGCGAGGUGGACGCGGCGCGCGAGCAGCUGGACGGCGAGUGGGUGACGGGCAGCGACCGCGCCGACGUGCAGGAGCUGGUGGCGGUGGGCGAGGCCGAGUGCCGGCGCCUCGGCGAGCGGCUCGCCAAGCAGCGCGAGGCGGUGCGCCUGGCCGAGCGCAAGUGGGCCGACUUCGACCUGCUGCACCGCGAGGGCCGCGUGGACGUGUACGCCGACUCGGUGGAGGCCGUGGAGCGCAAGCUCAGGGCGCCCCCGCAGCCCGACAAGGCCGGCAAGCUCAACGCCGCGGUGGCCAAGCUGAGCCUCGGCAGGGGCAGCAGGUGCUGACUUGCAUUUUGCAUUUUUUGGCGCUGACCAGGGUGUCACUAACUCAAACAGCAAUGCACGUUCCCUCAUGCGACUAGGCGGUGUGUUUGUUUUCCUGAAGAAACACUCGAGAAGUUGUUGUCAUCAGUGGAUUGUCGUACCUGUUGCCUCGUACUUGUUAUGCUCAUUACGUUCCCCAAAGACGACUGUGCUGUUCUUUCCCGAAGCGCACGUCAAUUUGUUACGGAGUGUUUCUCAGGUGCUCCUGUGCUUUCAGUUACGAUAAUGAAUUCGGGUAAACCCCUAUUGUUUUUGGCAUGCUCUUCCGUGCGCUUGUUCUAUCUAAUUUGUCAGUUAGUUGUUUGUAAUCAUUUAUUUUAAGUUAAAAGUGGAGUUUUUCGUUUGAAGUUAAUGAGUUGUUGUCAGAGCUUUUAUUUAUCAUUUCUUAGGCGUCGCUCUAUCAUGUAAUUUAGGGGCUGUUUGACUUUAUAGUUAGUGUAGUAUUUGAAUAAAAAUAUUUUUCCGUAUCGUU